AUGCCUGGACCUGUGGGCGGGUUUGGCGCAGCGGGCGAGUCUGCUCUGCCGGCGGAUGUAAGACAGAGGAAGAGAAAGGGGCGGGGAAGAGGCAGGAAGGGGAAGCUGAGACGCGGUGUGGCGCGGGAUCAUGGGGGCUUGAGCGUCUCCGUGGAGGCCGCGGAUGGCGAAGGGGGAAAGGCCCUGGAAAAUGGGUCUUCCCCGGUGGCGGCGGACGACGUGAUGGGUGAUGGAUGGAGGGAGGAAAAUGGUACUUUCUGCGCCGUGGAUGAAGUAGAAAUGAAGGUUAAUGGCGUUGGCGACGCCGGGGUGCGUGAGUUGAACGGCAUUGGCUCACCGAGGGCAGAUGGAGUCGGCCAGUUUGAGGACGACAGGGAAUUCGGCUCCAAGUGCGUUGCCUUCUUUGAAGCUGGGGGGAACGAAGCAGUCGAAUUGAAGCCCGUCUCGUCUUCCGGACCAAAGCUGGAGAGGGAAUUGAGAAAUGGUGGGGAUGUUGACGCACAUGGAAAUGGUGAUGCGUCAUCGAAGGAUGGUGAAGACGCACCUUUGGAAGCUCCAAGGAAAAGAAGGAGGCUCUCUGCGAAAGUGGCUAUUACGCCAGAUAUGCCCUUGAGAAGGAGUGCCCGUAGAGCGGCAACUGCUACGGCACUCUCUGAUCCAUACGUUGAUUUCAGCUCAAAAAACGCGAAGAGAGAGAAGCGUGCAUUGGAGAAGAAACCUUCUAUUGUGGUCGACGAUGAAAUCCUGGUCAUGCCACCUUCUUCCAAAGACCUAGAAAUAGAUGGGCUUCCAGUUCUAGACGUGUUCUCUGUUUAUUCCUGUCUGAGAUCUUUCAGUACUCUGAUCUUUCUUAGCCCCUUCAGUCUGAAAGCUUUCGUUGCAGCUCUUAAGUGCAACAUUGCUAACAGCUUGAUUGAUGCUGUGCAUUAUUCAAUUUUACAAGCCCUGAAACGGCACUUAGAAGCUCUAUCCGAAGAAGGUUCUAAGUUUGCAUCCAAUUGCUUGAGGUAGUGAAUUAAUUUGUUUCAUUGACAACAUUCUCAAAUCACAUUCCUAUUCCCAUUGUUUUUAUGCAUAUAAAACUAUGUUAGUACGUCAUUGGGGUUUUAAAUUGAUUAGUUAUCUUUAAACUUAUUUGAUAGGAAUCUCAAUUGGGAACUUCUAGACACUGUUAACUGGCCUCUUUAUGUUGCCGAGUACCUGCUCAUUCAUCGUCCAGAAAUGUGUUCGGGUGUGAAGCUUCUAAAUGGGGAAUAUUAUGAUCAAUCUGCAGCAUCUAAACUUGAGAUUCUUCGGCAUCUGUGUGAUGAUGUUAUUGAGGUGGAGGUAAUCAGGGCUGAAAUUAACAAGAGAAUGUUGAAGCUUGAGACCAAUGUGGAUACUGGUCAAAACACAAAUAUUGAUAUGAAAGGGAGGGCUGAUUUCGAAGAAAUGUCUGAUGGAAACAGUGAUUGGUGUUGUUUAUGUGGGAUGGAUGGCAGCCUGAUAUGCUGUGAUGGAUGUCCCGCUGCGUUUCACUCAAGAUGUGUAGGUAUGGCUGGAGAUCUUCUGCCUGAGGGGGAAUGGUUUUGCCCUGAAUGCAUGGUCCAAAAGUUUGAUGGAAAUAUGAAGACACUGAAGUCUUUUCAGGGAGCUGAAGUUCUGGGUACUGAUCGUCAUGGUCGUAUAUAUUUUUGCAGUUGUGGCUACCUCUUGGUGUGAGUAUAUACAUCUUUUAUAUUCUAUUCUUACUCUGGUUAUGUGUUCUGUAAUCAUUCUUUUCUUGAAUGGUAGCUUUUCUGUAAAGAACUUUACUAUUUCCCUAUGCUGUUGACACGUGUUAUUAAUUUUUCGGGUGGAUACUAGAGUGUUUUUUUUUGUGAAGCUCGCAUGUAGAAUAUGUGUUCUGGAUUGGUUACUUAUCUUACAAUCCUUCAAAUAAUCGUAUUUUUUCUACACAUACUUCUGUCCUUUUUUUCAUUUUUUAGAUUACAGUUGAGAUAGGAUUUAUUUUCAUGGAGAUAAUUCAGUACAUGUGUCAUUUUUCUAGUCCUGUGGGGACGAAACUUUAGGGCCACUCUUUUCAGUGUAUCUGCCGUUGUUUAUGUGUAAAUUUUUGGCAUGAUGUCAUGUCAUUCUGUAUAACCUAGUUUAUAUGAUAGUAGACAUUUGUUAUUGUAUCGCAACUUUCUCGAAACGAAACCUAUCUGUCAAUUCUGUACUGCAGAUUUCAUUAUCUGUUGUGUGCAGCAAAAUGGACAGUUCGUGCCUUGAUGAAUUUUUUUGGUUCAGCUCUUUAAUGCGGGCUUCUUCUCAUUGCCAUCCUCUCUUCAGUCUGGGGAAUGGCAUCUAGUCUCAAAUGUCAUUUUUUCUUUGUUUACCUUAUUUUCCUUCUUGUUGUCCUUGUCUAUGCUCCACUGGAUGUUCUCUAUCUCUCUUUUCCACCUUUUAAAUCUUUUGUCUUCCACUUUGACGACCUUUCACUAUAAGGGGGUUUGUGGCUUAGUUGAGAGCGAUUGCAUGCUUCUAGGAGUAGACAUUCUUCCAUUUUUUGGUUGUGAGAUGGAUGAGUUUGAAGGUUAUGCAAGAGUGCUUUGUACAGGAUAUCAUCUUGUUAUUCUUUGACGAGAGACCUGGCUUCAGUUCUCCAAGUUAAACUGAAAUCUCCCUAAAAGUUCUCCAUAAAUGACCUGAAUUGACAUUGCUUCUGUUAUCUUCUGUGAUCCAUUAUCUCGUCACAGCAGAUUCUUCGUUCAUUUUGAGUUAUUUCUUGUUCUCGCAACUUAUGUUGUGAAUUGUGACAUGCAGAUGGCAAACUAUUCCUCUUCAUCUUAUUGUAUUUACAUCUAUAAAUGGAAUUUUUUUUAUUUGGCAUGUAUUUAUGGAUACAUAUUUCGUAUCGAAUUUUCAUCUGCAACUUAUCUUGAUACAUCUUUACUUAUUGAUUCCAGAGAAUUCCUGACUAGGUUUGGUUUUUGUGAGUGAAUGUCCCCUCCGGUUGCAGGGAUACAUUUAUUCACCUGACUAUGAUGCUGUUGUGAAUGCUAUUCUUACGUCACCGGAAACCAUGUAAAAGUGUGGAGAAAACGAAAAAUACUUGGGGCUUUAAGGCUUAACAGGUGGUUUUAGGCGGGUCCCAUGAUAGGAUAAGGAUUCAAUUGGCUUUCAUGUACUAAUUAUUCAUUGACCUCUAGGACUGCUGAAAUUCUGAGGUAGAAAAACAGGGUAGGAAGAGGCCAUGUUGUACAAUUUAGACAUGAGAAACGAAGAUUGUGUGUUAAAGUCGGAUUGGUAUCUUAGGUUCUAAUUUGUGUUUAUGUUAGAAUAGAAAUCGAGAAUUGUGAGUAAAUGGAUAUGCGUUCAAUGUAUAUAAAUCUCAGUAAUAAAUUUUUAAUGUUUCUGGUUUGAAAAAAUGAAAAAGACAAUGAAACUUAAAACACAUCUAAGUCUGGUUUGAUCACCAAAAACCUUCUAAACCUCUCCAGCUUUGAUUACCCAAUUCAUUCGUCUGUUGGGGGGUGCAAGCUGAAUGAAAAAGUUGUGGAAAGGUGGAAAGAGCACAUUAGUGAUAUAUAACUUACUAUCCUUGAAGCGUGGGCCAGAUAAUGUGUGCGAAUCUAUAAAGUGAAUCAAAAUGCUUCCACUUCUUGUCUUUUGGUGCAUGUGACUUAUGCUUGUAUGGUGAAGCAUAGUUGAAACCGUAGCCUAUCAGCUUGAACUUUCAAAUGCCCAGAUAUUGGAAGAAUUUUAUUGGUUAUCCUUUAAGUACUUGUGUUGCCAUUGUUUCGAGUCUUUAAUUUUAUCUGUAAACUGAUUCAUAUUUGUUAAAUUGCAGGUCCGAGCCGCCUGACAGAAACCCUUCAUACCGUUACUAUAAUGGAAAUGAUGUGCAUGAUGUUAUUGAAUUAUUGAAAUUAUCUUAUACUUCUCAUGCCCGCCUCAUAAGUUCAAUCACCGAUCACUGGGGCAUUCCUGUCUUGCCCACUGGAUCUAGUCUCCAUUGCAACCCUGAAAUUAGUCGAGAGAAUGUGGAUGUUUCUCAUCAAUUAGUUUCUAAAACUAUAUCACCCUUGAAAGAUGGAAUGGUUGAAGGAGUGAACAUCAUACAUAAGGAAUGUCAUGUGGAUUCAACGUUUGGUGGUGUGAGUCAUGGCCAAACAGCCCUCAAAAGUUGCAACUUUGCUUCAGGAGCAAGAAUUGCUGAAGACUCAGCAAUGUCUCUGCCAAUCCUUGGUUGCACGGACACUCCAAUGCUGGAAAAAGCUGAGGAUACUUGCUCUAUGGCCUCUCCUGUAGGCCGUGGCAACUUCUCAUCAAAAGUUAGUGACCCAAUGCAAGAAAUUCGGGAUGAGGUUUCAAGUUUGGAUAAAAAAUUACUUUUGCAUGAAAAAUCCAAUGAGGCAAGACCGGUGCUUUUGGAAGAACUUAGUGAUUAUGUAAAUUGGUACAGUUUUGGACGUGUCACAUCUUCUGUUGGUGAGUUAAUAACUAAAUCAUCUAAUGAUAUCACAAAGAGCUACAACUUAUCUGCUGAUGAUAUAAUGUCAGCUCAGCUAAGGGCAAUAUACAAGAAAUCAAUAAAUCAAUACUGGUCUGCCGUUCAGAGGUUACCUGUGAAUGCGCAGAAGGAAGUUUGUGGGUGGUGCUUUGCUUGCAAAAAUCCUAGUGAACAAGAAUGCUUGCUUAGGGUCAUUGAAAACAAGAUGUUAGUUGGUUCAAGAAGUAGGACUCUUUAUCUUCAUUCUAAAGAUAACAGGAAGAGCCACAUCGUUUCUGCCAUUCAUCACAUCUUACAAAUCGAGGACAAUGUCCAUGGUCUUCUUUCUGGGCCUUGGCAUAAUCCAUAUCAUAAAAAGCAGUGGCGCAAGAAUGUCUUAAAAGCUGUGGAUGUUAUGUCACUUAAACACCCACUUCUUACUGUAAGUUGACUCAAUUGUUUUGUUGUAGAAAACGCAAUAUGAUGUCCAUUUUAUAUUUUCAUCUCCCUUUUUUUCCUGGUUAUGCUUACGGGAAAAUUAUUUCUGCAGCUAGAGUUACAUCUUCGUCGAGUUGCACUUUCAUCAGAAUGGAUGAAACCUGUAGACUCAACCCUUACAGUUGGAUCAGGUUCCUAUGUCUUGUCUAAUGCAGUGCAAAUUUACCCAAGAUAUGGAGGUGGUAAAAAGCAAGCCAAGAAGAAUUCUGAGUCGAAAAGUAUUCCUUAUUUAGGACUUCGUCCUCUCGCUAGUUUUGGAAGUAUAUCAGAUGCAUACUGGUGGAGGGGUGGUAGACUUUCACGUCAGGUAUUCAACUGGAAUAUGCUGCCCAAAUCGUUGGUUUCAAAGGGUGGCCGACAAGGUCUGUAAGCCCCAUUACUUGAUGUAAUGUAUUCUCAUUCUUCUUGACUUGAUAAGUUGUUUAAAAUGUCAUGAUUUUAACAAUCUUACAGCUGGAUGUAAAAAGAUUCUCGGUAUAUUAUAUCUUGAGGGAUCAGAAUUCGCAAGGAGAAGCAAAUAUGUUGCUUGGCGAGCUGCUGUGGAGAUGUCCAAAAAUGUUGCACAAUUGAUGUAUCAGGUGAGGUAGCUGUUCUUUGGUGUUUACAAUUGGAAAGCUGUAUUCUUCUGAUUCCUUGUUACGAAUGUGGGGUUUUGAACGUGCUCCAAACUUGCUUUAUGCGUACCUUUUGGCAUCAGGUUAAAGAUCUCGAUUCAAAUAUCAGGUGGACUGAUCUUUCAAAUAGUAAUCCCCUUCCUAUGUUGGGCAAGGAAUAUCGAAAGUCAUUAAAACCAUUAUGGAAGGCAACUAUCUGUCAAAAGUCUGAGGAUGAAGGACUUGUAAAAUAUUUGCUUGAUUUUGGCAAGCGAAAGAGCUUUCCAGAUGUAGUGACUAAGCAUGGUGUGCUUCAAGAAGACUCAUCAAACGAGAGCAAGAAAUACUGGUUAGAUGAAUCUUAUGUUCCUAUAAAUCUAUUGAAAACUUUUGAAGCAAGGAAGCUUGAGAAAAUGUUGAAGAGAGCAAGCCUUAAGGUGGUUUCAGACAAGAAGGGUAAAUGCAAAAUGGCGAAGCCUAGAAGGGAGAAGGGACUUUCCUACCUUCUUUCAAGAGGGGAAAACUCAGAUCAGUACCUUUGUCGUCACUGUGGGAAACUUGUCCGAGAAAGGUACAUCAUGAUUCCAACCGGUGAAUUCUUUUAAUGUUUAUUGCCUCACUUUUUGCUGCUGGACUGAACCUGAACCCAUACAAUUGAUUCUUUGGUAGUAAUAUUUUUAGUGUAUGAAACAUUAUCCCACAAGGGGAAAAAUACAGAUGUUGAUAUAUUUCUUGUGAACACUCUCUUUCUUUUGUCUUUCCCUCUUUUUCUGUCUUAUUCAUGCUUGCAUGACACAUUCAGACGGUGUUUUUUAGGGGUAUCAUAAGAAUGCUAGUCCAUGCAGAUGGAACUUAAGGUAGUACGAGAGAUGGAUUCGACAAGAUGAAUCAGGGUUUAGGUACUAAUUAUGAGAAAGUCUACCAAGUAAUCAUGUAAAAAUGAGGGGUAUGGGAGAUCAAAACAUUAUUACUACAUACUAUUGUUACUGAUGCAAAAGAAAGGGCUGAUUGCACAAUGAGAUUAAAAUCUAUAAUGCUCCAACGUUCUUUUAGAAAUGACGUGUAGGUCACAAGAUCCGCUUGACAGUUAUUACUGUGCAUUAUGAAAAGAACUAUGAUAAUUCAUGUUGAAAAACAUAGUACCUUCACAGUCUCUCCUUAGACUUUUAGCUGCUUUCUUUUUGGAAAGAGAAGCUGAUACCUUGUUUCUGUCAUAGUGACUUCAUUUAUCUAAUUCCACCACAGUGGACUGAUGAUAUAUGCAAGGCCAUCUCAAAAGUUCUCAAGAUGAUAUCGAAAAGUAAUGCCCUUGGUAGUUUUGUUCGUUUAAAAAUAGAUUUUUGACUGUUACGUUUAUCUUCAAUCUGAAAACUGUAAUGUUUUUUGAUUUUUUUUUCAGUACAUUGUAUUGAUUGUGAUUUAUACUCCUGAUUGCCCUUGAAUUUUGCGUAAGCAUAUUGAAAGGGUCAACUAGUUAAAUGAAUUUUUUUUUUCAUUAUUAUUCAUUUAACCGCACUGAGCUGUUAGAAAUCUCCACAAUGGAUGAAUGAUAAAACCUCGGUUUAACAUGAAAACUAGAAUUCUGGGAGAUGAUGUGCAUCUAUGCGGAAAAAAUGCAUCUGUGUUCUGAGAAGGAAAAUCAAGUGAAAUGGGAGAAAAGUUGUAGGCUGAACAUUGUUACGUUUUUGGUUCAUCAUUUGUGAAAGCAGUUAUCAUUGAUCAGCUGGGAAUACGCAGAUCGAUGGUCAUAUUCCAGUCGGGAUGACAAAACAAAAAUAGGAAAGGAGAUGCGACCAAGAAUGAGGAGAAAAGAGAAGAUGAUGGUGAUAAACACGAUAAAUCCUUGGGUAAGUUCUGAGUUUGAGGUCACUUUACAAAUAAGUUCAGACAGAGAUGAUGAGAACUGGAUGAAAAUAGUGAUAACAUUUAAAACUUUGCUUGGAAUAUGGUGAUGUUGUUCAUGAGUCUACGUGGAGUUUGGCCAUUUGGAGGUUGGUUGGCUCAGGAAUCUGAGGGGUUAACUGGGUCUUUUCUGCAAUCGGUAUUUUUUUUUCCAUCUUAUUUUUCUUCUUUUUUAUGUCAGUGAGAGAAGUAAAAACUAUACAAAAUCGAUAAAAGGACUAAAUUCUGCUCUAAAUCGAUCACAUGCAUUAAAAAGACCAUUCCUUUUAUAAUGUAAUAAGUGAAAAAUAUAAUGCAAUACCAUGACGCGAAGAAAUUGCUUUCAAUAAAUUUCAGUUUCUGAUGCUCCAAUUUUUUUCAACUCUGGAACACAUUUAUUUUGGUUUGGUUGAUUGUCAAAUGCACGCGUGGUUCUGAGCUGUAGUGUUCCCUGAAGAGUCCAAUGUCACCAUAUUUUUCAGGCUACUCAGUAACCCAUAUUGAGUUCAUAAAAUCUUGAUUUCAGUUUUCGGCUACAUAUUUUUUGUGCAUAUCGUAGACAUAAACCCCAGAUUCAUGAUAUUUUUUGGAUUCGGAACCAGUGGGAAUCAGGGUGCGUUGCCCAUUUCAGAAUAUGUUGAUGGCGUGCUCCUUUUCUCGUGCUCAAACUAACCUGAAUUAAAAAAUUGGGCCCAAAUACUGGGAAGUAAUUUCCAUAUGAAUUUAGGAUCAUCUGCGAUCAGGUUCUUUGAGAUGUAUAAGUGCUGACCUUUGUCUUUGGGCUUUCAACUUUAGGCUGCUGUUACUUUUGGAGGGAAAAUUUCCUGUUUGGAGAAAGUGAAUUCAUAGGUUUGAUUCUUUGAGUGGUAGUUUUUACGAUGUCAGGUAACGUAAUAUCUCUACAUAGGAGUGGUAUCCAUGAGAAUGAACUUUGUAGCCUUUUGGUUAUUGUUGAUAUCUUUAGAGUUCAACCUUUGACUAAAAUAUGCAAACCAUUUCUUUUUUAUUUGUGGGAAGGAAGAACCUUUGUAGAAUUUGUUCAACCUUGAAUAUUCCUUCUCACAGGAGAUUUCGUAGAUUUUCUUGUGAGACUUACAGUAGCAACAUUUAAGUAAGAUCGACGAGUUGUAUAGUUAAGCUGGGACUUGUACCUAGACCAUGGAAAGUGUAAUCAUAUCAGGCUGCCAGAUUAGCCUGACCCAAUUCAGUCAGGGUUGAAAUCUGAUUCAGUAUUGAAUUCUCAAACCUUUCUUGCUAGCAAUUUGAACCAUCAGACCGGGUCAGAGUAGCUUGGAAUUGGCCAAUCCAUCUUUGAUCAAUUCAUAUAAUUUGACCCAUACAAAGCAGUCUGCUUCAAAGCUAAUGGAGAUCCGGAUGAAAGGCUGUAGUUUCGUUUGUUUCCGUUGAUAAAGAGCGUACAUGGGGCAAUCUAAUUCAGGUUGGCUGAUUUCUGGCCUAUCUAUCGCCUAAGCUGGAUUGAUUUUGGAAAAAAACUUGAUAUAUGUAUUCAUGUUUGCAGGCAUUGAGUAUUAUGCUUGGGAACCUUGGAUACUUCGGUGUACUUUUAUUGACAACAUAUUUCAUGUAUAUCACAUUGUGUUUUGUGCCUUUUUGACGGUUGAUUUUCACUUCUGUGCAUGCUUGCACAACAUGGAUUGAAGACUGCCUAGAAGUUGAAGUCUUGAGCAUGAUUGUCCUAUUUCUCACAUGGUUUGUGUUAUUUAUUAAUUUUAGAUCAGUUUCAAGUCAGUAUGAAAGAGACACAGCUUCAAGUCACCAAGUUGUUCAACAAAGACUGACCUUGAACAAUGUAGCCAGAAGAGAAGCCAGAUGGUCUUUUAACUUCUUUUUUAGUGUAUUGCGUGGGGUGAUGUGCUACCCGUUUGUCAAACAAACAUUGCGGGAUUUACCUUUAAAAACUGAUCUUUCCUGAAAAUGUUUCUUCUUUGUCCAGACUUAAUAUUCUCUUGUGAACACCACCAUUCAAGUGGGUUUUUUUUUUGGCCUGUUGUAUUUUAUUUUACUUUAUGCAAGAAGACAUUAAUAAUGCGUAUACUUUUUCUACUUGACUUUUCUCCUGUUUCAGACAUGCUUAAAAUGCUUUAGAUAAUAUGCUAAUAGAUGCUUUUGUUGGCAAAUUUUGAAUUUUAUGUCGUAGGAUUUUGAAAUUUUUAAGAUUCUUUGUGGUAUCUACGGGUACACUUUUUAGCAUUUAUUUUUCUUGCUGUAUAAUGGUUUGACGCAAUUUUUUUCCUGCAAGUCUUUUUUCACCAUCGAGUAUAUUGAGUGCAUCAACUAAUAUCGUUGCAUCCAUCUUUUGAAAGCGGUUCAAACUACAGUCAUUAAUUAUGGAAAAGAAGAAAGAAUGAAUAUAUCACUGAGUAUCUCUUAAUUCUAUGUUUCUUAGAUGUUGAAAUGAAUAUAUAUUGUAUUGAAAAUGUAUUAAUGGCAGUAAAAAAAAUCCCUGAAGAAGAGAAUUUCAUCCCUAAUGUUUAACAAGAGGCCUUAUGUUUCUAUUUCUUUUUUCUUACAGGGAAGAAGCUGUCAACUGCCAGUUCUGUAAAGGUAUAAUCUUAGAAACUCUAUCAAGCUUGAUGUUUCUUCUGUGUCAAAUGAAGUGCCUUGCCUUUGAAAUUUUUUGGAGAACACUGUUACUUAUAACCGUUUUCUUGAAAUACCUGUGCCCUUUUAUUCAUUUGUUCUCUUCACUAUCCCAGGAUCUGUAAAGCUCAUUUCUUUCAAACUUUGGUUUAUUUUAUGACAGUGAUAUCUGUGUGGUUCAGUUUCUGUGGUCUUUACUUAUUAAUAGACAUAAUCUCAUUUUUAAUGUCUAUUUAUCUCACAGGUUGAAAAAUUAUUAAACUGAAAUAAGUGGCUGGUAGAUUGUUACCUUAUAAUGAGUGUAAGAAAUAAUUUUAUCUGGACUAACGUUAUGUGUAUCAUAUGUUGAAAACCUGAUUCUUUUGCUUUGGGAAUUAAGUUAGAUUUUUGUUACUUCCCCGUGCAUUUUUGCACCUGCUAAUUCGUGUUGAAAUGAAAAGACAGUUUUUCCCAUAGAGGUACUGAAAUGUUUGGUUGAAAAUUGCAACUUUGCCAUUAUUUUACUGAAGCAGCUAGAAAAGGGGAUCACCAAAUGGCAAUAUCCCUUUUUGAUAUUCAAUACUCUCUCCUCUUUUUUAGUAGCUCUUCAUUUCUUCUUUUUUUUUUCUGUGAUGAAUGAUAAUUACCAUAUUAAAGCUGAAAUGAGUUUUAUGAUUCCUUAAGGAAACGAUUGGCAAUUAUUUUGCAUGCCUAUGCAGUCAAUUUGGGUUAUUGACGACCCAAAUGAUUUGAGUUUACGACUUUCUAUUUAUAAUGAGAGCUUUAUAUUGAAAGGCUUAUUGUUGUAGAGCUACCUUGCAUUGGAAAGUUGAUAUGUCAAGUGAUGUUGUGGAUUAUGUAGAAGGAAGUUCCGAAAUGUGCAAUAGACUGACAUACUUAGUUCGGAAGUUCCGAAAUGGGGGCCUGUUGAUAUGAAAAUCAUGCAACGCUUACUUAAAAGUGAAACGUGAAGAGAAGAAUAGGGGUAAAUGGAUGGAAGAGGUUCAGCAGUUGCCACUAGGCCCAAUUACUAUGGCACCCUGUGGGAAGAAGGGGAGCCCAAUGGCACUACCAUUGUUUCAAUGUCUUCACUAAUAAUAGCAACUCCAUUAAACGAUGAAGGUCCAAAGACUUGUUGAAGCCAGCCGCUGGCUUACAACUUCAAAUACAACAUUCAAUAUCAGUGCCAUCUCCAUCUACUGAUGAGGCAAGGAAAUGUUAGCACAGCUGUCUGCUAGCCCUGGAUCCCGUUCUCUUUAGCUGUUCAUAUGUACUCUCCGGUGUCUGUGCCAUUCCUGCCUCUUUCAAGGAACGAUGUGUGAACAAAGUAUAGAAAAGCCUCUCUGCUUGAAAAGACAGAAGAAGGAAUGGUCAGGUGUACAGACCCGCCCUUGCAACCUCCUUCCUGGGGGAGGAGAGAUCAUGAGAAGCUAUUGUGGCCCAAUGCUUGUUGCCCAUGGAGUUUCCCUUGGAGGAUGUAAGGAGGCUGAAGGGAAGGGGGGACUGGUUGUCUGUUGUGGAAGCAAGAACAAAAAGGGGAACCUUCUUGUCAGGCUGGACGAAAUUGAGGAAGGACUGGCAGAAAGAACAUGAACAUGGUCACCAGGCCUAUGAGGUUUAGCAUUGACUGGGCCACAAGUGUGGGGAGAAUGAAUGGGCAGAAAAAUGCCUGUAAAUAGCUGCUGAUGAUCUGAGAAAUGUUGGUUAUGAAGUAGUGUCACAUCAGUACAGGAGAGAAGGAUUUGACUGGGAUAAGAAGGCUUUUGACCAUUUCUUCUCCAACAGUGACAUGUAUGAGGAUCAGACAUACGGGAUGAAGGAGAGGCAGAGUUAUGGGGGGAUUUUGAAGUAUUUAUGAUGUAUACUUUCUUAUAAGAGAUUAUCUGAUACUGAACACAAAGGAAAAAUGUGGCUGACCCUUAUAAGACUAGGUCACAAAUUACAGAGAGUAUUUGGGACUUCGGUUCCAUGGCCAAUGCCCAAGAACAAUGGACCGCAAUCUUUAUGGCCUGUUAAUGGGAACGUGAGUUGCUUGUUUAGGGCCAAAAAAGAGAGCCAAAAUCUCAUUCUCUAUUAGGAACCAUGAGUUGUGUGUCCAAGCCCAAUAAGAAUGGGCCAGAAAACCUUAGAUGUUAGUUUUAGUUGGAACGUAAUGGUGAUGAGGGGUCUUAGUUGGAUUCGACCCUGAAGUGUUAAAUGAGCAUCAUUCCAUCAACUUUUUUAAAUGGACUUUCAUCUCAUUUACAUGUUGGUAAUCAAGCGUGAAAUAUUAGAUGAGCGUUAUCUCAUGUAUUUCUUAGUGUGUCUCAUCCCACAACUUGUCAAAAUAGUGCGAAUCAAAUGCCAACAGGUCUCCUAAAAUGGAGGAUGAAAGUAAUGUGGGAGGUUUGUAUAUAUACACACAUAUACAUACAUGUACACAUAUACACACAUACACACAUACACACAUACACACAUACACACAUACACACAUACACACAUACACACAUAUACACCCAUAUACAUGCAUAACAAUACAUAAUAUAUAUAUGUAUGCAUAUGAUGUAGGAAAUCAAUGAAAUAGGAUCUGUCUCCAACCCUAAUUAGUUGGCUAGGUAGGUGUUGGGAAUGAAAUACUACCAAACUUAAUGAUCUCCACUUUGCUGCAUAGAUCGCUAGGCUGUGCUUUUGAUUUUUCUCCUACUGAGUACGUCAACUCCUUUUGAUGAAACUUACUUUAGCCGUUUUAAUUUUCCUACUAAAAUAGCAGUGCUCAUGUGUAGAUUUUUUAAAGUCUGAAUUACAAUGCAUAUAGAUUAAACUGGAACUUCGAGAUGUAACUUUUGAAUGAAUUGAUGAAUUUUACUUAAUCAUCUUAAUUUUCUACAUUUGCUGUUUAAAUCGAUCUUUUUUCUUAUUUUAACUCCACAUAUGCUGAUUCUUGUGUUGGAUAAAACAAUGCUAGCUUCAAGUGUUUGUAGUCUUAUUUAUUGUUGACAAGAAGAUUAAUGUGCAAGUCGUCUUACUGCACAAGUAUGCCAAUGUUCAGAGUCUCUAGCAUACCAUCCGUUCUGUGGAAGACCAUCUAGUUUGUCUCCUUUUACGGUAGAUUUCAAAUGGAAGAUGAACAGUGUGAUCAACAAACGAUUAUCUAGCCAUUUAAUUGGUAGCAUGAACUAGGUGGUUUCAUUUCUGAAGGUUUUGCUUCUGGACAAUGUUUUGCGAAGGUAUUGUUGGAGCUGCUGUGGUGAAGCAGUCAAAGUUAUUUUUGCAUACAAACGGUUGCCCAUUUUUUGGAUUGAUUUUUGGGGCUAUCUUCCAGAAAUUUUAAACUUGUUAAUUGCUUUGUAGCUUUCAUUGCACAUACUGCUUAAGUGUCUGAUAGUGUAGGUAUUGAUUUAGGAUUUCGAGAAUCACCAAUCAAUAAGCACUCUUUUUAUGAUUUCUGAAUUGAUCUUGGAUAUAAUGAAGUGGAUGGAUGCACAUACUUGUUGGAUUUUUCCUCGAUAUUUCACCUAAGAUGUGUUUUCAAACAAUUGAAAGUUUGUUUUGUUGAUGUUUUCUGUUGAAUUAACUCAACAUGUCCUUACCUCUUUGGUAUAUCGACAUUUCAGGUUUUAUCCACAGGAGGCAUUUCAGAGUGCCUAAAGGUGCCAUCACAACGACAUAUAGAUGCUAUGCAUGCAAGGACAAGAAACCGGCUGGAUACAAGCACAAGAAAUUUAUGAAUAAUACUGAAGAUGUGAAACUUCCUAAUAAAUGGGAUGACAAGAAAGUUCUUCCAAGGGGUAAGCGCAAAAAUGUUUUGGACAGGGACACGAAGAUUUUGCAUGAUAGGAUGGGCAUUAGUACUUUGGAUGGAUGCAAUAGAAGAAAAUCAUUUAAACAUAGUGGCGAGAAGAUUGUGGAUGGGUACGAAGACAGGAAACGUGGAAAUGGACGGAAGGAUAAGAAACUUACUGAUGAGUUAAAAGAGAGGAAACUUGAAUCUAGAUCCAAAAGACGAACGAGAAAGCCAGUUAAGUGUAAGAUCUUGGCAGUUCGAAAGUCAGAACGCUUAGCGAAGAAGAAAAAGCAUGCAGGGAAGAUUAAGAAGCAGAAAGUUGGGUUUAAGAAAGGUCACAAAUUGCAAACAAGAAAAGGUCGACGAGUGACAGCCAAAGUAUCGAAGGAAGGAAUUAACUGGCACAAACGUCAGAGAACAGGCAUUCGCCCUCCCUUCUGGUUGAAUGGUCUUCUGUGGACAAGGAAAGCUUUUGACGAACGUGCAAUUCAUUUUAGAGAAACAAGUGUUCUUUUACCCUCAUCAAAUUCGAAGGCUAACAUAGAGCCAGUGUGCAGCCUUUGUCAUCAAGAGUACGACUCCCAUGUGAUUUAUGUUGGUUGUGAAAGCUGUGGAGGUAUGACUUCCCCCCCUUAUCUUUUUAUAUUCUUUUUCUUAGGGCAACAGACACUUUUGUAUCGAUUCAUCUUUCAUUUUGAAGGUCAGUAGAUAAUGAUUGUUUUCUUCUAUAAUCUACAUGAAAAUAUCCUUACCUGUAUAUAUCUUCUUUUUGAAUAUUUUCUGACCAUCCUCAUCAUUGGAAAUGCAGAUUGGUUCCAUGGAGAUGCCUUUGCUCUUAAUCUUGGGAAUAUUAAUAAUAUAAGGGGAUUUAAAUGCCACAGGUGUCGCACCCAAAGCAUGCCUCUUUGCCCAUAUCUGAAUGCAGCUGUCAGUGAGGCCAAUUUGUUGAAGGAUAAAAAUUUGGGUGUUAAUCACCUUGAUGAUUGUCAGAAACUUCAGUGUGUAGUAUAUAAUAAUGAAGACUUACCGCAUGAUCAUUGUUGUUCAGAGAUAGGUCAUGGUCAGAAGUUUAUGGAUGAAGGGUGCCAGACGGAUUCUUAUGCUGGAGGAGAGUAG